AUGGCACCCAUCACUCCUAUCAACGCCCCGCACCCAUUCGACCCUUUGCAACCAGGUGAAAUUCGACUGGCAGUUGCAAUCCUUCGCGCUGCUUACCCUGGAGUGCCACUCCGUUUUAAGACCGUCGAUGUGCAAGAGCCCAUCAAAAGCGAGGUCAUUCCGCUCAUCGAAGCCGAACGCUUAGGCCAGCCUCUCGAUGUCCCUCGCCCAGCCCGCCUCGUCUUUUCCUAUUUCCACCGAGUCGAUAAUGGAGUUUUCUUUAAGGCGUUGGUGAACUUGAACGACCGCAAAGUUGUUCAAGUCACGGAGCUCCCAGCAGAAAUCCAAGGGCCUGCCGACCCAGACGAGCUCGCCGAGAUGGAGGAAGUUUGCCUCAAACACCCUGCGGUUAUCAAGGAGAUUGAAAAGAUGAAGCUUCCUCCUGGGAUGACAGUCUGCACCGAUCCCUGGGUGUACGGCACAGACGAAGAGGAUGAAUCUCGCCGAUUGUAUCAGUGCUAUAUGUUCAUCGUGCCGGUCAAUCACCCCCAAAGCAACCAUUACUCGCUUCCAUGCGACUUCUCGCCUGUAUUUGACGCAAAGACAAAAGAGCUUAUUCGAAUGGAUAACCUUCCCACUAGGAAUGACCACACAACCAAGGAGACACAGCCAUGGAAGCCUGUCAAAGCUGUCGAGUACGCGCACGACCUCUUGGAUCAACCUCACCGGGAUGAUCUAAAGCCAUACCUUGUCCAACAACCCCAAGGUCCUUCUUUCAACGUUGAUGGUCAACUUGUGGAAUGGCAGAAGUGGCGCUUCCGAGUUGGGUUCAACGUCCGCGAAGGCAUGGUCCUUUACAAUGUGACCUAUGACCGGCGCAACGUCUUCUACCGCCUCGCCCUUUCAGAGAUGACAGUUCCGUACGGCGACCCUCGAAAGCCUUACCACCGAAAGCAGGCCUUUGAUGUGGGUGAUGUGGGUCUCGGAAUUACCUGUAACCAGCUCACUCUGGGUUGCGACUGCCUGGGCCACAUCAAAUAUUUCGACGGCUAUCGGACAGACUCAAAGGGAAAUGCGGUUCCGUUGAAGAAUGUGAUUUGUAUGCAUGAGCAAGAUGGGGGCAUUCUUCACAAGCACAGCAACUACCGCAACCAACUAGCCACAGUGGUACGCAAUCGCCAGCUUGUUGUCCAAAUGAUUUGUACCGUCUCGAACUACGAGUACAUCUUCGCUUGGAUCUUCGAUCAGGCCGGUGGCGUCGAAUAUGAAGUUCGCGCCACUGGCAUUCUAUCAACCAUGCCCAUCGACAAUUCAGACGGACUUACAGUUCCUUGGUCAACCAAUGUCGGCCCCGGUGUGUCGGCUCCGAAUCAUCAGCAUGUGUUCUCCCUGAGAAUCGAUCCUGCCAUAGACGGCUUCCAAAACACAGUCUUCUAUGAAGAGAGCGUGAAGCUUCCCAAGGAGCUCGGCAUUGCGGACCCCUAUGGAGUGGGAUACAUCAGCGAAACCUCAGUCAUCGACCAAGCCGGGCAUACCGAAACCGACGUCUCCAAGUCACGCGUCUUCAAGAUCCGCAACGACAGCAUCAUGAACAACGUCAGCCAGAAACCAGUUGCUUACAAGAUCUCCACCGUUGCAUCUCAGCCAAUGUUGAUGUCUCCUGAUUCGUUCAAUCGCAGACGUGCCCGGUUUGCGGAGCACCCCGUGUGGGUCACAAAAUACCGCGAUAGCGAGCUUUACGCUGCGGGCGAGUUCACCAGCCAGAGUACCUCAUCCAGCUCUGGUCUUGAGACUUGGGCGGGACGCGGCGAAAAUGUUGUUGAUACCGACGUUGUUUUCUGGCACACCUUCACCCUUACUCAUAACCCCCGCCCAGAGGAUUUCCCUGUCAUGCCCAUUGAAAAGAUCAGUGUGCAUCUCAAGCCGUCUGGGUUCUUUGAGAAGAACCCCGCCCUGGAUGUUCCUCCUUCCAACCAAGAGUUCAACAAGUCUUGCCUUCACAGUGGCGGUGGAUCUGGCUCGUGUGUUGGAAAACUGUGA